AUGGCAGAAAACCACACCACAAACACAAACACAACCUCGAUAACUGCUGCAGACCCCAAAGAUCCGGCCUCCUUCCUGUCCUCGAUCAUCGGCGUGCCCGUGACGGUCAAGCUCAACUCCGGCGUCGUGUACAAGGGCGAGUUACAAAGCGUGGACGGAUACAUGAACAUCGCGCUGGAGAAGUGCGCAGAGUACGUCGAGGGCAAGUUGCGGAGGAGGUAUGGCGACGCCUUCGUCAGGGGGAAUAACGGUACGUUUUCGCACUACCCGAAUGGUCUAGCUGUGUAA